AUGCUAGCUACAGAAUUAGUUAAGGAUUAUCACAAAGAUGCAGUAUCCUCUCGAGCAGCGAUUAAACUAGACAUCUCUAAGGCGUUCGAUACUGUCCAAUGGACCUUUAUUGAAGCUACGCUUUGCACCAUGAAUUAUCCAGACCUAUUCAUAACGUGGAUUAUGCGUUACAUCGAUACAACGGUGUUUUUGGUCUCAGUGAAUGGUGAACUUGAGGGUUUCUUCUCUAGUGUUCGAGGUGUGCGCCAAGGCAGAUCCCUCUCUCCCUACCUUUAUGUGAUUGCAAGCAAUGUCCUCUCUAAGAUGAUCAACAAGUCUGUGAGAAAUGGCAGCAUAGGUUAUCACCCCUGGUGCCGAGAGGUUAGUCUAUCACAUCUGAGUUUUGCAGAUGACAUUGUGGUGUUCACUAAUGGGUCUCAUGACUCGCUAGAAGGCACUCUUCGGGUCUUUGAUGAUUUUUCUCGUAUCUCUGGCCUCACCAUAAACAUCUCCAAAUCAACAGUGUUUGCAGCAGGAUGA